UUUUGCUCCACCACCCCCUGCAACGUUACGGUUGGCAAGAACGCCAUUACAAUCAUGGCGGACCUCAACAGUAGCCUGACAGCCAUGGACUGGCUACCAAAGCUUAGUGUUGGCACUGCUUUGAACACUGCUAACAAGAUGUCGAACAACAAUAACGAUCCAAAUCGGGACAAGAGUCCAUUUCGCAAACCGCCGAGCUCACCGCUCGAUCCGAACGCGACUUUAGACGAUGAGGAGGCACAACAACACAAAACGCGCGAAAGCAAACCACCAUAUUCUUACGCAAACUUGAUCACUUUUGCAAUAAAUAGCUCACCGAAGAAGAAGAUGACGCUGAGUGAGAUAUAUCAAUGGAUCUGCGAUAAGUUCCCGUAUUACAAAGAAGCUGGAAACGGAUGGAAGGUAUAUGGUAUUGUAAGACAUUGUCGCCGAAAAUUGGAUAACCACUGAAUAUUAAACUUUCUAGGCGAUUAUUUCAGUCAUUACCCGUUAUUGAAUUCGGUAGUAAAUACAGAUUGUUUUUAUUACCUGCAGAAUUCGAUCCGACACAAUCUGUCACUCAAUAAGUGCUUUAUGAAAGUGCCCAGAAGCAAAGACGACCCUGGCAAGGUACAUCAUAUGCAUGCGUAUUGAUUGUAGUCAGACCUCUGUUGUGAAUUGAUACUAGAGUUGAUCGCAAUAUCUUUGUUAGUUUUACGUGUUAAAAUAAUUUUUUGCGAUAAUUUAGGGUUCAUAUUGGGCGAUAGACCAGAAUCCACAAGAUGACAGUGCACAUUCCCGGCAAAACAGGAAAAGACGGCCAAGCGAUUCUAGGGUAAGAUCACACCACUUCGCAAUACGAAACAUGGCGCUAACGUAGUUGCAAGCACAGAUUUUGUAAACAUAGUGUUUUUUUAAAGCUUAUGUAGGGGGUUUGUAAAACAUCGAAUUUUUAUAGUUUUUAUGUUUUAUGGCACGAUCGAAACACUGAUUUCAUUUUCAUGCAUGUUUACGUUUACUCAUGUCCCAAUCGGUACAUUUUUUCCUCUCAUAUUAUUGUAAGCAGUUUGGAGCAUGAUAUAACGUGAUUCACGGAAAGUCUCAAAACAUCCUGUCGAUAAUUUCCUUGCCUGUAAUGUUAAACCGGUGACUCAUUUCAACGCCUCGACAAGUGUAAUGGACGAAUGUAAUCUUUACAGCUCGAUUUAUCAUCGACGAUCGAAUUUUCACGUUGUUGAUUUCAUUUGUCCCAAGAACAUGUGUGAUAGAGACCGAGUAGAUGAUAAGGUCACGAAUUCUUUUACGUUAAAAAUAGAUCAAUAAAGCAUCUGAAGUAAAAUCAUGCCUUGAUCUUAAGGAAAGAAAAAUCUUUACUAGGACAAGCGCCCGGAGAAAAUUAGGGUUUUCAUUUGUAUUUUAUUUGCAAUCUUAUGAUAAUCCCUUGAGUAAUUUGCAUUAUCCUACUGACUCCUUUUAGAGUCUAAAUGUGAAGGGGUCGAAUCGAUUGCGUGCGUCGAAACAAUUCCGUCUAAAGCAAAGAGGUUAACUCACACAUGACUCCGCCUUCUUUGUCUUUUAUUUCCUAGGCUAAAAGGUUAACUUUCAUUGUUUUCAUCGAAGCAAUAGAUGAGGCUUUCGAACUAGUUAGGCGAUCAUUGAAAAGUCUUAUCAUUAGUAAUUUAUGAAGCUAUUUUCAUGCAGAAAAAAAUCGAUUUUGAAGAUGAUGCAAAUGUUCUGAUAUUGUCACAAAUUGAGUUUAUUUCAUUGAUGGCAUUUGGAGUUGUUCCUUAUAAUUUCUUCUGUCUCUGUGUAAUACACAUGAAUUAAUAUUCAUGUGAGGUUUUGCCAGCUAAGUGAAUUUGAGGUUUAUGAGAUUAUUUGUGUUGCUAAUUACAAAUUGCUGAUGCCACGUGUAAGACAUUUUCUAGAAAGGAAACUAGUAUUGCAUCUGUGGUUCUCAAAUCUGAUUGUCAAUGCCAGUUGUUUGUUAGGUUUUUAUAUUUUUAAAUUUUAUCUUGCAAAUUAAUUUAAUAACCUGUGCUUCAAAAUAAAAAAUUUGCUUGUUUAUCCUUUCCUUCACAGAGACAGCACUCUAAGUUAAGUAAAUGAAAAGAAGGGCACCUUUGAAAAUUUCUGAGAAAUUUCUAUAAAGCCUAAGCUAUAUUGAAAGAUUAUAGACUAAAAGGAAAACAAAAAAUUCAGGUUGGAAUGUGUUGGCAUCAGUGGUGUUAGAGUCUUAAAAAUGCCGUGGUUUUAAUCAUAUAACAUAAAGGGGGGCUAGUUUCUAAAGAAAUUGUGGUGCUGCAUUGGUGGGGUAUUACAAGAUAAUUUAAUUAUCAAAUGAGUUGACAACAUAAGUUGACUACCAUAAAGAGUUUAUAAAGCUGACAUAAUCAGUGUCAACCCUUUAUUGAGGUGAAAGUGAAAAACUUAGAUCAUAUAACAGGAAAAUUACUAUACCUUCACUUAGGCCACAAUAGUUGACUCAAAAUGUAAGAUUGUUGAAUUGACAGGGUGCUGGGAAAGUGAGAUUCCAAUGGUGUGCUCAAUUGGUAAUAAAGUGAAAAACUUAACAUACUGGUAGCUAAAUAUUUGAAAUGAAGAUGUAGGAAAAAAAUCAAAGCAGUAUUUUCAAGGAAAGUAAUAGUCAUUAGAAUGUGUGGGAUCUUAAUCCUUUCUACCCUUUCAUCAAUAUGCACAUUCUUGAUACUUAAAAAAGCUUUUGACACUGUCGAUCAUAAUAUUCUCUUCCAAAAGCUGGAUAAUUAUGAAUUCCAUGGUGUAAUAAAUAGGUGGUUUUCCAUCUUACUUGCAAGGCAUAACCCAGAAAACUCAAAUUGAUUCGCUUAUAUCCACAAAAACCAACACUACAUGUGGUGUACCAUAAGGGUCAGUCCUUGACCCACUACCGUUUCUAAUCUAUUUCAAUGAUAUAUACAAAUCCUCUGACGAACUUGAUUUUUUUCUGUUUGCUAACAACACAAACAUUAUGCUGACAAAAACCUAAAAUCAUUAGAGGAAGUUGUGAGCCAGGAACUCUGCAAACUGUGUGAUUGGUUGAUGGCAAAUAAGUUAACCUUGAAUAAAGAGAAAACAAAUUUCAUCAUAUUUUGUCCUGCUUAAAGAAAACUUACUUACCAUCCCAGAAUAAUGAUAUUUGAUAAUAAACUCAAGAAGAGGGUAGCUUUGGAUUGCAAGGAGUUUGUGAGAUAUCUAGGAACUCUAAUUGACAAUCAGCUGUCUUGGAAACAACAUAUUAACCAUGUAGCAAUCAAAAUUAGUCAAACUAUUGGACUGAUCUCUAAAUUACGAUCUUUUGUACCAAGACACAUCCUUACUACACCGUAUCUAACUUAAAGCAUGAUAGCUUGGGGCCAAGCAUGUAAAUUGUACCUUGACAAUCUUUGUAAGCUCCAAAAACAUGCUCUCUGUUUUCUUUUCUUUCUGAUGGCAACCAGCAUACAAUUCCUAUAUUUACCAAUGCCGCAAUUUUACCAUAACAAUUCUCCUACUAUGAAUUUACAGCAAAUUUGAUGUUUGACAUCAGACAUAAAAAUGUACCUUACAGCAUUCAAGAACUCUUCCAAGAUAUUUCUCAGAUCCAUUCUUGUAAUACCCAAUCUUCUGCUUCUAACAACUUUUGUAAACAAAGUUCUAGACUAUCAAGUCAACAACAUUCUUUUUCCUUUAUUGGAACAAAAGUUUGAAAUGAGAUGCUUGUAAAAUUAAGAAGUCUUUCAAAAAAUGAGUCCAGAAAGGCAAUAAAAAGAAAACUCUUUGACAUUCUAUCUUUAGAAGACUAUUGUAUUGUCACUCAACAAAUCAUUCAAAGGUCAAGCUUUUCUGAAAUGUUUUAACUAAUUCUAGGGGUUUUUUUAGCUGCUAACAUCUUCUAUCCUUAGUUAGUCCAAUAUGAUAUUUUAAAUUCACUUAUUCUGUCACAAUAAAUCUGUCCUAUUAAGAAAAUUAUUAGAUUAUAAGUAAAUGGUUAAUGCUUAUGUUAACAUGCUAUGCUAUGCUAGUCCUCUGUGAUAUUGUAAAUUUACUUAUUUUGUCACAAUAAAUUUGUUCUAUUUACAAAAUUAUUCAGAGACCAUAAAUAAUUUGUGAAUGCAUAUGUGAUAGCUUUUAUGUCUAGCAUUUGACCCACCUAGAAUAACACUCAAGCCAACUUUAGGCACAUGAAAAAUUGUAAAUACAAAUCCAAGUGAUAGAAUUUAUGUAUGUAUUAUGUCAGUACUAUUCUGUACACAUUUCCUAAGGUGCUGACAAAGAAAAUUUGUUUACCAAUAAAAAGCUUCCAUAGUUGAUGACAAAUUCCCUUAUUUGCAUGACCCUAAUGUUUGAUUCAGGGGUGAUAUUCCAAGGAGAAAUUAGGGUUAAAGGACACAUGACUCUUUCCCUCCCUUUUAAAAUAACUUAGAGAGAAAGAGCAACCUGGCACCACCCGCUGAUCUUAGUAAGAUGCUACUGACUAGAAAAUCCAACUUGUUUUUUUUUUCAUUUUAAGACAUGUAAAUGGAAAGAUAACUCAUUCAAAAGUUAUUGAAAAUGAGACAGUGUCUCAAAGCUUGCAACAUCAUAUUUUUUUAUAUUAUAUUCAUUGCUUUUAUACCCAUAGCUCUGUUAAUUCUAGCAUUAAGUAACUUGGCUUUUACUUUAUUGAAAAUUCUUUUUUUAUUCCUUGUAGUUAUCUCCAUAUGGGCCUGAAGAUGGUCGUGUCUCACCAAUUAGCCCUCAGUCCUCACCAUGUGGAUCACCAUCAUCUCCAACAUUAGCCUCGCUGCAUGCUAGUGCAGGAUAUUAUGGUUCGUCUCCUACUAACCAGGGUUUCCUGGGAAUGUCAGCUGGGAUAUCCCCUGGGUCAUCGCCUAACACUAAUGUAGGUGGAUUUGGCGCCUCACAGAGCUAUGGAGAACCUCCAAGGAAGAUUUUCCCAGAGGUUGCCUUUGAAGAUCUCAGUGCAUCAUUUAAAAAUCUUUACAAAUCUGUUUUCGAUGCAUCACAUGGAGGGGACACUUAUGGUGAGUAGUGAGUCAUAUGGUAAUGAAGUUGUGAUGUGGAAAUUAGUUCAAAAUAAGGUAUCCAUCACAUUCUUUUCAAUCAAAAUUUACGCCAAAUUUUUGAGAAAAAAAAUGCCAGUAUUUCUUUUUACAGAUUGUCAUUUGUUGUUAUGGAUAUUAACCCCUCAACUUCCAAGAGUGACCGAUACAAAAUUUCUCCUUACAAUAUCAAUGCAAUAUCAACAGACAAGUGACGAGAAUAAAGAAAAAUAGCAGUUAGGUUUCAUUGGUUGAUCCAAUACCAAAUUCUCAGAACUAGCAUCAGAAUAAUUGUAUGGCAGACUGCAAGGAGAAUUACUUAUGAGAUCUUGAGGGUUAGAUAACUACAGAGAAAAAAAUGGACCUGAGUGUCACAGUAUAGAAUUGACUGAGUGUUAAUUUGCCAUCAGAGGUUGAAUAAUUUUCCACCUGCUACAAAAAAAUCUUGUUGUUAACUUUCACUGUUCUAACCUAUAGUUUAGUCAGAAAAGGAUAACAUUCUCCUGUCACUUUUACAUCAGUAUGCAAGUUCUCCAUACUCCUUCCUAUACAUUUCCCAUGCUGUUUACUUUCUCUGAUGAUCAAGAGCUUCUUGAGUUUGUGAUCAUUUUUUAUUCUCUUGUUCUUAAUGUUUGAUUCAGGGGUGAUUCUUUGUGGAGAAAUCAGAUGCUUAUCAUGCUCAUCACUCAUGGGGGUUUAAGGGUUAACAAUGUUUUCCUGUUACAAUAUAUAUUAUCGUAUUUAAACCCUGACUGUCUUGAUGAUGUUGAUGACUAAUAAUUUUUUAAAAUGAAGAGUUAGAUAGAUGAAUGGUCAGAUACGUGAAUGAACAAUUUUCUUAAUUUGUAGGUGGUGGAAGCAUAGGUGCUAGUAUCUUUGCAGGCAGCCAGAACCUAGCUGCGUCUGCACAACUGUCACAGCAGCAACAACUUCAACAACAACAGCAGCGUCAACAACAACAACAACAACAGCAACAACACCACCAGCAGCAACAACAAAAUAAUCUACUGCAAAAUAUGGAACUACUCUUGGAAAGCCUUAACACUAGAAGUUUUCAAAACUUUGACCUUGGUACAUGGCAAGUCUUGAUGGAAAGUAUGAAAUCUGCUGAUCUGCAAAAUAUGGGAGUGGAUCAGAAUCAGUGGCAGGAUUUUGCCUUUUCAUUUAGUCAAUAUCUUCACCAGCAAGGCUUUAUCCCUGAUUCUAACUCCAUGAGGGGAAUAAGCCCAUCCUCAUCCAACAGUAGCAAUAUGAUGGGCAGUCCACAAGGAAUGCUUCAAGUAAGCAAUCCCCAGUUUACAUCUGGAGGCUCCCCUUUACAAGGUUCUCAGCAUAGUUACAGCAGUUCGGCAAGUUUUAGUGGCAGUUCACAGCACUCCAUCCCAGGCAUCAAAGUGACGUCAAUUAAUAAUCAACCCACAGUGGGUCAGACUGGUAAUCAGCAUACAAUGAUUGGGACAAGAGCACCAGCGCUAAUGGAUGACGAUGAGGAUGAGGAAUUUGACUGGGAUUCAUUGCUAUGA